AUGAACCCCAAUCAACGUAAAAACGCUCGUGGUAUCGGCAAAAGAAACAACGCCGAUGCAAAAGAACAAGACACUACUUUAAAUCAUGACGAAAUCGAAGAAUUGUUACCUCCUAAAAGUAGAAGGAAUCCUUUUAAAACAAGCAAGCCCAUGACCAACCGGUGUUGUUAUGUGUCUCCUGACUAUAAGGACGUUGAACAGUCGACAGAAUUUUCUGGAGUCGAUGAUCAAUUUCACAAUCUUGUUCUGCAACAAUACGACUUUGAUCCCAGUAUUCCUGACACAAUAAAACAACUGAAGGAGUUGAAAAAAGUACUCUGUGGUGUAACACCGAAGGUUGAAAAUUGCUCACAGUAUGUCAAUCCAAAGGUUAGGGAACCUAUGUACGUAGAAACGGCAGAUGGUUCUCAGUGGCAAAGUAUAGACAAUGCAGAUGAUAUUGAGGACUAUCUCAGCACGGAAAAAGAGGACGCAGUCAUCAAAACCUAUGACACCAGUGACCAUAUCCAUAUUUCCGAAGUACCAAACAUAAGAGUCAUAGUAGAGAAAUUUUCGAAGUUUAAGAAGAAUGAUGUUGAACUCAGAAAGUUGGAAGAAAAGAUAGUAUGCAUAGAAUAUGACGUAUUUGAAAAGUGUUAUGUUGAAGACUUCAAAGAACCGAUACAGAAGUUGAGAGCUUACUUCUCUAUAAGACCGACAUACGAUAAUAAAGAAAUACCAGCGUCAACUAUACCAUCUCAAAUAAAACGUAACUUUAACAUAACCAACGAAGAUUUAGCAAAACUAAACGAAAAGGAAAUAGAAAUUAUUGAUAGUAAGAUCGCCGAAAACAUACCGUAUCUGGAUGAUCUUAAAAAAGUGCUUAAAAGAAAUCAAGCAAUAAUUGCAAGGAAAGAAAAAAGUUCCUUAGAUCUAAUGUCAUUGUAUAAAAUGGCCAAAAGAAAAUCGUCACUCUCAGAAGAAGCUUCCAGAACAAAUCUUUCAAAAGCUGAAUUGGAAGAAAUAAAAGAAUUGGUUACCAAUAAAUGUGCAACUAGCAAACAUGGUAUAAAUAGGAGAACAAUAAAGACUGACAAAGGCUUAGCAGAAAUUCAAAGGGACCAAACAAAAAAUGCUGUAUCUGAAAGUAUAUUUGCUGAAUUGAUAAAAAAUGAUAUGUUGGGUUUGAAAUAAAAAAUGAUAGUUUAA